GUCAUAGCGGGGGACAUACAUCAACUGACAGGCAGAGGUUUCCUAAGAUGCCCAUAUGAUGGUAAACUGAGAGUUAGGAACUGCCCCCCCUAUUAAGUAGCCGAUGAUGGAAAGAUUCUUCCCACUUGGAAAGAGGCUUUUCCUUCUUGGACAUCUGCUGGCGGAGCUUCCAGUAGCCAGAGAGAGGAGAGAGGGGUCCAGCCGCAGCUCCUGAAAACCUGACUUUAUUUUCCAGAGGGGUAGGCUUCAAGCACGCUGCUCUGCAAUUUAGUCGGUCCAUUUUUUUGGGGGGGGGUUGAAUAGAUUGAUUGAUCCUCUGCUGACCCUUAAGGGCCAAACAUGAAGAUAGGGCUGUCUCUAGCCACGGCUGCAUUCCUUGCAGCCCUGCUGUCCUCCAUAGAUGCUCAAGUGGAACCCCCCUCAGACUUAAAAUUUAAAAUUCUAAAUGAGAACACAGUGGAAAUGACAUGGACAAGACCCUCGUCAAGGAUAGAGGGCUUUAGACUACAAGUUGUAUCAGAUGCAGAUGAACCAUCCAGAGACUUUACCCUUGAUGCAUAUGCCACUAAGACCUCAAUCACUGACCUGACCCCUGACUUGGACUACUCUGUGUCCAUAAACUCCUUUUAUGGGUCAGAGGAGAGCAUUCCCAUCUUUGGACAACUGACCAUUCAGUCCAGUAACACCAGCGGACAAGUCAGGAAGCCACAGUCAGAUGCAAUCAAGUGUUCGGUCAGUGCAAUAGCAGAUUUGGUUUUUCUGGUGGACGGCUCAUGGAGUGUAGGCAGAGAAAACUUUAAGCACAUCCGUAGUUUCAUUGGAGCCCUGGCAGGGGCCUUCGACAUUGGCAUGGACAAGACCCGGGUGGCUGUGGUUCAGUAUAGUACAGACACCCGAACAGAAUUCCCCCUCACCCGUUACAACAGAAGAGGAGACCUGCUCCAAGCCAUCAACGCCCUGCCAUACAAGGGGGGAAAUACUAUGACAGGUGAUGCCAUAGAUUACCUGCUGCAAAACAUCUUUACGGAGGCAGCUGGAUCCAGGAAAGCUUUUCCUAAGGUAGCCAUGAUCAUCACUGACGGAAAAUCCCAGGACCCAGUGGAGGAGUAUGCUAAAAGGCUUAGGAACAUUGGAGUGGAAAUAUUUGUCCUAGGUAUCAAAGGAGCAGAUGAGGAUGAGCUAAGGGAAAUUGCCUCCACACCUCACAGCAAACAUGUGUACAAUGUUCCCAACUUUGACUUGAUCCAGGAGGUACAAAAAAAGAUUAUCACAGAGGUGUGCUCCGGUGUUGAUGAGCAGCUCAGCGCUCUGGUCAGUGGAGAAGAAAUGGUGGAGCCAGCCUCUAACCUGCAAGUCACAGAAAUUGCAUCUAAGUCAAUGAGGGUGACAUGGGAUCCCUCCCUGGGGGAAAUCACAGGCUACAAGCUCACCCUCAACCCAAUGCUACCUGGAAUGAAACGCCAAGAGUUGUACAUUGGGCCCACCCAGACAUCCAUUAAUGUCCGUGACCUUUCCCCUGAGACUGAGUAUGAGAUUAUCCUGAAUGCCCUCAAAGGUCUGACCCCCAGUGAAGCUGUCAUGGCAAUGGAGAAGACCCAGCCUGUCAAGGUGUCAACAGAGUGCUCUCUGGGAGUGGAUGUACAGGCUGAUGUGGUUCUACUGGUUGAUGGCUCGUACAGUAUUGGAUUACAAAACUUUGCCAAAGUCCGUGCCUUCUUGGAAGUUCUGGUCACUGCCUUUGACAUUGGACACAACAAGGUCCAGAUUAGCUUGGUCCAAUAUAGUCGUGAUCCGCACACUGAGUUUGCUCUUAACACCCACAAUGACAUUAAUGCUGUUGUCAAAGCUGUGCGCACUUUCCCCUACCGUGGAGGCUCCACUAACACUGGCAAGGCCAUGAACUAUGUCAGGGAGAAGGUCUUUAUACCUGCCCGUGGAGCAAGACAGAAUGUUCCCCGUGUGAUGGUCCUGAUUACAGAUGGAAAGUCAUCAGACUCGUUUAAGGAUGCCGCAACCAGCCUGAGGAAUAUUGAUGUGGAGAUCUUUGCUGUUGGUGUGAAGGAUGCAGUGAGGUCAGAGCUGGAGGCCAUUGCUAAUCAACCAUCAGACACUCACGUCUAUGAGGUGGAGGACUUUGAUGCCUUCCAGAGGAUCUCCAAGGAGCUGACUCAGUCCAUCUGUCUGAGGAUUGAACAGGAGCUGCUCAACAUCAAAAAGAGAAGUCUACUUCCACCCAGUGACUUGGCAUUUUCUGAGAUUACCUCUAGAAGCUUCCGUACCACCUGGACAGCUCCUACUUCCAAUGUCAUGUCUUACCUGGUGCGUUUCCGCAAGGCUGAAGACGUCACCGGAGACUACAUUUCCAUGGCAGUGCCGAGUGAUACCACCACAGUCGUUCUGCCCCACCUAUUCCCCCUUACUGCCUACGAGGUCAACGUCUUUGCUCAGUAUGACAAAGGAGACAGUUUCCCUUUGACUGGUGAAGAGACCACUCUAGAAGAGCAAGGGACAGUACGAAACCUACGAGUUACAGAGGAGACAACCAACAGUUUCCGGGUGUCAUGGCAAGCUGCUCCAGGUUCAGUGAUCAGAUAUCGUCUGUCCUAUGUCGCACAGAGUGGUACUGGGGAAAUACUAGAGGCCCAAACCACUGGACCGGAGACUACCAUAGUUCUCCAAGAGCUCUUCCCUAUUACCACCUACAGUGUGUCUGUGUCUGCUGAGUAUGCUACAGGUGUAGGGAACGAGAUGCAAGUAGAUGGAACCACCAAGGAAGUCCGUGGUUCUCCUCGUGACCUUCGCGUAUUUGACGAGACCGUAUCUACAAUGAAACUUGCAUGGCAGGCUGCUCCAGGAAAUGUCGUCCAGUACCGCAUUGCCUUCAAACCUGCCGAGGGCGGUGACAGGAAGGAGAUAUCCGUCAAGGGAGAUACUACCCAGGCUGUGCUGAAGAACCUCCAGCCAGCUACUGAAUAUGAGCUGUUUGUUAGUGCUCGCUAUUCUUCCGGUUUGGGUGAUCCUCUUCUGGGCACAGGAACGACUUUAGAAGAGCUUGGUUCACCCAGAGACUUGGUGACCAAAGACGUCACUGACACCAGUUUUGCUGUGUCUUGGGCCGCGGCUCCCGGUAAUGUUCGUCAGUAUCGGAUCAAGUGGACGUCUCUGUUCACUGAAGAGGCCGGAGAAAAGACAAUACAAGGAGACACCACAUCCACAGUUCUGGAGGGUCUCACCCCAGAGACACGUUAUCGGGUCUCUGUGUUUGCUGGUUAUGGCAGUGGAGAGGGUCAGCCAUUGGUUGGAGAGGAAACCACGGAUGUCUCAGCCGCCAGCAGAACGAUUGUUGUCUCUGAGGAGACAGAGAAGAGCAUGAAGGUGACAUGGCAACCAGCCCCUGGAAAUGUACUCAACUACCGCGUUACCUACAAACCCAAGGAAGGAGGCCGCCAGCUAGCAGCCAAGGUGCCCGGCGGCACCACUUUUACUGUGCUGAGACGCCUUACCCCCCUUACCACCUAUGACAUCACUGUUCUGCCUGUUUACCGUUCAGGAGAAGGCAAAGCAAGGCAAGGCGAAGGAACAACACUGUCGCCUUACAAAGGUCCUAGAAACCUCCAGACUUCAGAGCCCGCCAAGACCAGUUUCCGUGUAACCUGGGACCAUGCUCCUGGCGAUGUCAAGGGCUACAAAGUCACUUUCCACCCUGUAGGCGAAGACAUUGACCUGGAACAACUUCUGGUUGGUCCUUAUGACAACACUGUGGUGUUAGAGGAGCUGAGAGCUGGUACCAAAUACAGUGUGAGUGUGUUUGGUAUGUUUGAUGGAGGAGAGAGUAUGCCAUUGGCUGGAGAGGAGAAAACUACUCUCUCUGACGAACCUGAGCCCCCUCCUUAUGAGCCAUCAGAGGUGAGGUGUAAGACCAAUGCACAAGCUGACAUUGUGCUGCUGGUGGAUGGCUCCUGGAGUAUCGGACGUCUCAACUUCAAGACCAUUCGAGCCUUCAUCGCCCGUAUGGUGGGAGUCUUUGACAUUGGCCCUGAAAGGGUCCAAAUUGGUCUUGCUCAGUACAGUGGCGACCCAAAGACUGAAUGGCACUUGGAUGCUCAUCAAACCCGGGCCUCUCUCCUGGAUGCUGUAGCUAACCUGCCCUACAAGGGCGGAAACACCCUGACUGGUCUGGCUUUGAACUAUCUACUCCAGAACAAUUUCAAAGAGAAUGUCGGGAUGCGACCCAACUCUAGAAAGAUCGGUGUGUUGAUCACUGAUGGCAAAUCCCAGGACGAUGUCAUUCUCAACUCUCAGAACUUGCGUGAUCAGGGCAUUGAGCUCUAUGCCAUCGGUGUGAAGAAUGCUGAUGAGAAUGAGUUGAGGUCCAUUGCCACUGAUCCAGAUAGUAUUCACAUGUACAACGUUGCUGACUUCUCCUUCCUGCUGGACAUCGUUGACAACCUUACUGAUAACCUCUGUAACAGUGUCAAGGGUCCAGGAGGUGCACCCGGUGCUCCAACUGACCUGGUGACAUCAGAAGUGACUCACCAGUCCUUCCGAGCCACCUGGACCUCCCCUGAAGACCCGGUGGAGAAGUACCGUGUGGAGUACACGACUUUGUCUGGACGCCCACAACAGGUGUUUGUGGAUGGCACUGAAACCACAGUGGUUCUUCAGAGCCUCAACCCUCUGACGGAGUACCUGGUCAACGUCUACUCAGUGGUGGGAGAGGAGAGCAGCGAGCCUCUCAAAGGAACUGAGACCACACUGCCCCUGACUGCCGUGAGGAGCAUGGACAUUUAUGAUGAGCAGACCACCACCAUGCGGGUGAGAUGGGAGGAGGCGGUGGGUGCUACUGGCUACAUGCUGCUCUACAGCACCAUCAAUGCCACUCAGCCCACCCUCGAGCAGGAGAUCAGAGUGGGAGGAGAUACAACUGAUGUCCAGCUGGUGAAGUUACUCCCAAACACGGCUUACUCACUCUCCCUCUUCGCCCUGCAUGGAGAGUCAGCUAGUGAACCACUGACCAAGCAGGGAGUCACCCUGCCCCUGCCACCUGCGGGCAAACUGACAGUUCGUGACGUCACCCACAGCACCAUGAGGCUUAUUUGGGAUGCUGCGCCUGGUCUUGUUCGCAAUUACCUCGUCACCUACAAGCCUGACGAAGGAGAUGCUAAAGAACUGGAAGUGGAAGGAAGUGUGACCACCAGACAAUUGGACAACCUGAUUUCACAGACUGAGUAUGCCCUGACUGUUACUCCCAUCUAUGAUGAGGGACCUGGUCAGCCGAUGUUAGGAAAUGCAAUCACUGAUGUGGUUCCUGCCCCAAAGAACCUGCGAUUCUCAGAAGUUACCCAGACCAGCUUCAGAGCCACCUGGGAGCACGGAGCUCCUGACGUGGCUAUGUACCGCGUUGGCUGGACCAAGAAGGGAGAAACUAACUUCCAAUAUUCCAUUCUGAACAGUGAUGAGACAACCUACGUUCUGGAGAACUUGGAGCCAGACUCGCCCUAUGAUGUGUCUGUCACAGCAAUCUAUCCAGAUGAAUCAGAGAGCGAGGAUCUGCUGGGCACUGAGAGGACAUUGCCUAUAGGGUCCACGCAUGAUGGUAACAGACUACCUAAUGGGCCUCCCACCAACUUGGUUGUGUUCAACGAAACCACCACCACUCUAAACGCUAGGUGGGAUCCAGCUCCAGGCCGCGUCCAGAACUACAAGAUCACUUACGUCCCCACAGCUGGAGGCAGGAGCCAGACUGGCAAACCUGCAGGUCAGUAUAGGAUCUUCUAUGUCCCUGCAGCUGGAGGAGAGGAAGAGAUGGUCCAGGUAUCAGGCAGCACCUACAACACUGUGCUGAAGAACCUUGAGUCUGAUACUGUCUACACAGUGACUGUGGUUCCGGUCUACUCCGCUGGAGAGGGACAACGCAUGUCUGAGAAUGGCAAAACCUUGGAGCGUAGCCCCGUCAGGAACAUCCAGGUUUUCAACCCUUCUACCAACACUCUGAAUGUUCGCUGGGAGGCUGCCACGGGCCCAGUCCAGCAGUACCGGGUGGUCUAUGCUCCUCUGACUGGCGCCAGGCCCUCUGAGUCGGUUUUGGUACCAGGGACCACCACCACGGCCCUGCUGCAGCAGCUGCUCCCAGAUACAGAUUACAAUGUUGGAGUGGUUGCCCUGUAUAGCGAUGGCGAAGGACCCACUAUCAGUGACAACGGAAAGACAUUGCCCCGCAGUGGCCCAAGGAACAUGCGUGUAUAUGACCCCACCACCAGUACCCUCUCUGUGAGCUGGGAACAUGCCGAAGGUCCUGUAACGCAAUACCGCAUCACCUAUGCCCAGACCACAGGAGACCCCAUCGAGGAAUUUACUGUAGUACCAGGAAACCGAAACAAUGUGAUUCUACAGAACCUGGAUCCAGACACUCCUUAUAACAUCAGAGUGACUGCCUUGUAUGCGGAUGGAGCAGGAGGACAGCUGGAAGGAGAUGGACGCACAGUUGGUAUGCUCGGCCCCAGGAACCUUCUUGUUUCUGACGAAUGGUACACCCGCUUCAGAGUGUCCUGGGACCCCGCCCCCUCCAGGGUUAACGGAUACAAGAUUAUCUACCAGCCUGAAGGCUCCGAUGAGUCCUUGGAGGUCUUUGCUGGAGACGUGACCUCCCACCAACUGCAUAACCUGAAACCUGGAACCACCUAUGACCUGAAGGUGCUGGCACAGUACGACACAGGCCUCAGCGCGCCUCUAAUUGGACAAGGCACCACAUUGUACCUGAAUGUGACAGACCUCACCACCUACAAUGUUGGCUAUGAGUCCUUUUGCAUCCGAUGGACCCCUCACAGAGCAGCCACCUCCUACAGACUCAAAGUCAAUCCUAUUGACUCCUCCAAGACCGGAGCUACGGAGAUCACAGUCAGAGGCUCGGAGAGUAGUCACUGCUUUGAUGGCUUGACCCCUGACUCUCUCUACGAAGCCACAGUGUACACCCAAACACCCAACCUGGAGGGACCUGGAGUCAAAGUAAAGGAGAGGACAUUGCCCAAACCAACAGAGGUGCCAACCGAGCCUCCCCCCCCUCCUCCAGUGUCAUUCCCCCCUGCACUAGAUGUGUGCAAAGGUGCCAAGGCAGACUUGGUCUUCCUCAUCGAUGGUUCCUGGAGUAUUGGAGAUGAUAGCUUCAACAAGGUCAUCCAGUUUGUCAAAAGCAUGACUGGAGCCUUUGAUGUCAUCAGCCAUGAUGGCAUGCAGGUUUCAUUUGUGCAGUUCAGUGAUGACGCCAAGACAGAGUUCAAGCUGAACACCUACCACGACAAGGGCAUAGUGAUAUCAGCUUUGCAGGCUGUGCGCUACAGAGGAGGCAACACCAAGACAGGCGUCGCUCUGAAGCAUGUUUAUGAGAAGGUGUUCACCUCAGACAGUGGCAUGAGGAAGAACGUCCCGAAGGUGCUGGUGGUGGUAACAGAUGGACGCUCCCAGGAUGAAGUCAAGAAGAGUGCAGAAAAACUGCAGCAUUCUGGCUACAGUGUGUUUGUGGUUGGAGUGGCCGAUGUGGACAUGACAGAGUUGAGAGUUAUCGGCAGCAAGCCCAGUGAGAGACAUGUGUUUGUGGUGGACGACUAUGACGCUUUUGCCAAGAUCCAGGACAACCUGAUCACCUUUAUCUGUGAAACAGCCACUUCCACUUGCCCUCUGAUCUACAUCAAUGGGUUCACAACACCUGGCUUCAGAAUGCUGGAAGCUUUCAAUAUCACAGACCGGACAUUCGCUGCCCUAAACGGUGUGUCCAUGGAGACGGGCUCUUUCAACAGCUACAUUGCCUACAGGCUGCACAAGGAUUCCUUCCUAAACCAGCCCACCAAGGAGAUCCAUCCAGAGGGUCUUCCCCCAUCCUACACCAUCAUCCUGCUCUUCCGCUUGCUGCCCGACACAGCCUCUGAACCCUUUGAUAUCUGGCAGAUUGCAGACAAAAACAACAACCCUGAGGUCGGGGUCACCGUCAACCCUUCCAGCAAAACAAUCACGUUCUACAACAAGGACACCCGAGGAGAGAUCCAGAGAGCCACGUUUAAUGAGGAGCAAGUGAAGCGGGUUUUCCAUGGGAGCUUCCACAAGCUCCAUAUCAGCAUCUCUCCAGAGAAUGUCAAGCUCAACCUAGACUGCCAGGAGGUGGCAGAGAAGCCCAUCAAGGAGGCCAACAACAUCACACUGGACGGCUAUGAAGUGCUUGGCAAGUUGGCCAAGUCUGGAGGUGGAAAGAGGCAGUCCGCGACAUUCCAGCUCCAGAUGUUUGAUAUUAUCUGCAGCUUGAGCUGGAUCAGCCGAGACAGAUGCUGCGACCUGCCCGCCACAAGAGAUGAGGCCAAGUGUCCAUCCCUUCCCCACUCUUGCACAUGCACACAGGACAGCAUUGGCCCUCAGGGGCCUCCUGGACCUUCGGGAAGCCCAGGUUCUAAAGGACCACGAGGAGAUAGAGGACAACCCGGCAACUCUGGUCCAAUGGGUCCACGCGGUGAGUCAGGACCCCCAGGCUCAAUGGGACCACCGGGUCCACAGGGCCCCAACGGACUGUCUUUACCCGGAGAACCUGGUCGCCAAGGACCAAAGGGAGAUUCUGGAGACCAGGGCCUGCCUGGCUUGCAAGGUCCUCCCGGGCAACGUGGUCCUCUAGGCCCCGUUGGACCAAGCGGAGCGCGGGGGCCACCAGGAAAGGAGGGACCAUCUGGACCCAGAGGCCCAUCAGGGCCCAUGGGAAGCCCUGGAAAUCCAGGUGUACCAGGAAUGACUGGAAAACCAGGGAAACAAGGAGACACAGGAAACCCAGGGACUGUUGGUCCUAAAGGAGAGAAAGGAGAGAGAGGAGACUUUGCGUCCCAGAACAUGAUGCGCUCCAUUGCCAGACAAGUUUGUGAACAGCUUGUGAACAGUCAGAUGAGCAGAGUUGACAUGAUGCUCAACCAGAUUCCUUCUGGUUAUCGUAGCAACACUCCAGGGCCAGCCGGUCCUCCCGGCCCUCCUGGCAACGAGGGAUCCCGCGGAGAGCCUGGACAAACUGGUCGAACUGGUUUCCCUGGAAACCCAGGUUUACCUGGAAGUCCAGGAGAAAGAGGUUUGGCAGGAGAGAAGGGAGAGAGAGGAUCUCCAGGAACUGGCAUCAGAGGACAAAGAGGUCCAAGUGGGCCCCCAGGGCCACCAGGAGAGUCAAGAACGGGACCCCCAGGAGCUUCUGGCUCCCCUGGGCCUCGUGGCCCCCCAGGGCGCCAGGGUACUCCAGGUGUGAGGGGACCAUCAGGACCCCCUGGAUAUUGCGACUCCUCUCAGUGUGUUGGCAUUCCUUACAAUGGACAAGGAUACACAGCCAACAACUACCAGCCUGCACCUGAGGUAGAGUCUAUAUCUGUGGAGCCAGCUGGAGAGUCUGAGGCAAUACAAUCACCCGGUUACUCACGAAUCCAACGAGGAAAGAGAUCGCUACCACAAGACAAUACAGAAACAAUAGCAUCAUAGCUACAAUAAGGAGUUCUCAGAAAGUGUAAUAUUGAAAUAACUUCCAUGAUCGCGUAUGUGACGAUGAAGUGGUUCUUGUACAAAACUAUUACUUAUAUGGGUUUGAUACCCGCGGCUAUAUUGAACAUAUAUUUUUUUGACAUGAGAAAGUUUAGCAAGAUGAAUACAAACUUACAUGUUCGUUCACUACAAACCUGUGUGCUUGCUAAGUGUUCCCUUUAAGUGUCUGCUUGUAAUAUAACUGCAAGUGUUUAUCGGACUCCAAUGUGUAAUGCACUAAUCAUGUGAAAACCAGCAGAAAGUAUGUCAAAGAAAGUACAGUGUGUGCUGUAUGUUUUUAAACACUUUCAGACUAUCCAUGUUGUUUUUGUCAAACUUCAGUAUGUAAAGCUGUUUCAGAUACUCCCAACGGUUAAAAAAUAAGGACAAUUAAUUUGAUCUCCAAAGAUUUGUUCGUUGUGAUGUUUUGUUAGGCCUUUAAACCAAAUGAUAAUCUGAUUCAUUGUAACAAACCAAACUUUUUUUUAAUUUUAAUUUUGUUUUGUUACCAAAGGUGGAAUUGCAUGUUUGUGUUGUAUAUUUACCUAGGAUUUCUAAGUCAGAAUAUAGUUGUUGUUUUCUAUCAAUGCAGUUUGGAUUUGGUUGCAAGACUAUGGACAUAGAAUUGCUUUGCUUUUUUUAACUGCACAUUUUGUGAAUUCCACACAGCCUUAUUUUCUUAUUUAUUUCUGAAACAGA